AUGAGAGGCUGGCUGCUUGCGACCGGUGGUCUGGAGAGGAACCCCCACCCUGACCCAGAGGGUCGCGACAGUCCGCGGGAACGGUGGGCCCCGAGGAGCGCACCAGGCCCGGCCUCCCUGGAGUCCGCCGAAGACCCGGCUGGGAGCCGAAAAGAAGGGAGCCGACGUCCCCAGACCACCCGCGCGCUCCCCUGCCUCAAGGAGCGCGACCCCAACUCCGGGUCCUCGGAGAACGGCAAGCGCGGGGACCGAACCCCCGUACGGGCCGGAGCGCAUCAUCACUGGCUCCCGCCUCCCUCCCCGGCGACCAUGGCCGGCCGCUCCCUCCCCAGCAUGACGGUUGCGGACGGGGCGUCUCUGCCCCGGCGUCUCCGCUGCCCCGCGCGGACGGGGGCAGUGCCGGGAAGACCGGCCGAGCCCCUCCCCCCACGGCCCCCAUUCCCCCGGACUCCGGAAAAGCGGUUACCUGGCGCCUGUUCGCUGCGCACGCGCACGGGCCGAAGACGCCCGGUCACUCCGCCGCUCCUCACCCUCCCGUCGAGGGGGUGGGUGGGAGGCAGCGGCGAAGGCGCGCGCACAGCGCAGGCCGGCUCUGCCUGCGCGAGUGCGCGCGCGCCCUCACGUGACCGUUGGGACCCGGCACUCGGUGAGUCACGUGAACUUGCAAACGGCUUAAAGGUGCCUGGCACCUUCUUGCUACGGGCUCAGUCUUUCGCGCUGUGCUUAGCGGAGGUUCGCUGUCACACAUCUUUUUCUCUGCAGCCGGGCAUGUCCCUUUCUCCCCAGACAGGGAAGAUGCUUGAGCAGAAGGAAGGAACAGGUGCACAGAACCUUGCCCGGAAGCACCCACCGGGUUCCCGCAGGGGUGGACCUGAUGUAGUCCACGCGCCACACGUCGUCCUGGGCUCCGACGCGGGCCUAUGGCGGUCUCCGGCACGCGGACGUCAGAGCGGCGUUGCCAUGGGUGGGGCCUCGGAUCGCCCAGCCGAGCCUGGCGAAGAAGUCGAGGCUUGCUGCUGGUCGGCGAUGACAGCGUCCUGUGCCCGGUCUCCCUUCACUCGGUGGCCGGGGCCUCUGAGCCUCUCCCACAAUAGGAGAUAA